UGUUACCUAACCUCGUUACGUCGUCUACGUUGUUCAUAUGAUAAAAUAAAUAAAUUAGCUUGAAUAAUUAGUUAGAUUCUUUAAUUAAACGUUAAAAAUGUCAGAAGAAGCUAAAGAUGUUAACAAGAAAGCCACAGAAGAGGAUGAUAAGGAAUUAUCAGAACUUUUGGACAGUGCCUUGCAGGACUUCUCUAAAGCACCGUCUAGCAAUAGUAAAACAGAGCUUGAAAAUAAGUCAGAAGCAGUAACAGUGGAAGAUGGAAAUAUUGAAGUUUCUGAGGAUGCCGAAUGGUCUGAUGAGUUUAUUAAGCAGGCUGCUGCACAAUUUGAGUCUAACAUUGCAAAAUUGUUAGAAACGAACGGUGUACAGGUAACACCAGAAGGUUUACAGCAAAGUUUUCAGAGAAUGGCAGAAGCAGCAGCUCAAAUUGCGACAAAUCCUAGUCAGGCAGCACCAGCACCUAAUUCUAGUUUAUCAACCACAAUAUCACAGACAUUACAAGACUUGUCACAAGGCACAGAAAACUUGCGUAACCCAUUCUCUGAACAAGACUUAUUAAACAUGUUUGGUGGUCAAAGUGGCGAUGAAAAUGCCUUUUUACCUUUCAUGCAAGACAUGAUGCAAACUCUCUUGUCUAAGGAAGUCCUUUAUCCCAGUUUAAAAGAUCUCAUGGAGAAAUACCCUUUGUGGCUCUCAGCAAAUGGGGGAUCAUUGCCAACAGAGCAAGUAGAGAAGUAUGAAAAACAGCAGGAAGUCAUGAAAGAAGUUUGUAAUGAAUUAGAGAAAGAAAAGGAGACUGAUACAGAUGAGCAAAAAAAACAAAGAUUUGAAAAAGUUUUAACACUUAUGCAAAAGUUGCAAGAUUAUGGACAACCUCCUAAGGAACUUAUAGAAAAUGUGCAAGUAGACUGUUUACCCCCCUUUAACGAACAAAUGGCGAAAGAUCAGUGCACACAGAUGUAGGAUAAGCUUUUUUUUGUUAAAAAUGAAAGUGAUAUUUGUUAGACAUUUAGCUUUUUUAUUUAUAUGAAGGGUAUGUUAAAUAAAAUAAAAAUAUUACAACUCUUGAA